CGGUAAGAGAGAGAGAAAAAUCUCAAUUUAAUUUCUUUUUACGCAAAAUUCCUGCUAACUUUGAUCAGAAUGAGUCAUUGUUAAACGAACAUAUGGCUGAUAGAUAUGUGUCUCUUUGAUUUAAAAAAAAAAAGAACAGGGCCGGCCUUCGCGAAACGCAAGGAUUGAACCAGCUAGCUGUUGGCACCCAAAGGAGUUUCCUCCAUGGCAAUGUCGACGAUGUUGCAAGAUAUCUGCACUUUCAUAUUCGCCGCUCCCUCUUCUUUUGCUGCCCGGGUGCUGGAGGAAAAUCCACACCUAAGAGAUGUUAUGGUUCCAGUUGGGUGCACCCUGACUGCUACUGUGGUAGCUUGGCUUGUAAUUCCCCUCAUUCUGAAGAGUUGUUAUAAUGAAUCCAUUGAAGGUACUCGGGUUACACCAUCGGCGCCAUUCCCAUAUGAGGCCUCAUACUGGGGUGCCCUUGAAGAUCCCCUCCGGUGCCUGAUCAGUUUCUUCGCAUUGUCCCUUGUCGGCUACUUGAUUGCUCCACUUAUUGUGUCAAACUACGUUCUCCCAACUUGGAAAGGGGCGAUGAUGGCUUCGUUUGUAUUGUUUCUCCAAAGGUGGAAACGAAGCGCCUUUCCCCAUGCUUUUGCUGUUAUGGUGAUAAACGAGGCUGACCGAAUUAAUUUGGCAAAACUUGAUACGUUGUUUUCAAAAGGUAUAUUUGGACUUGGACUGCUGGCAUUAGCCGCGGCAGCUGGAGUGUCGAUGCAAUAUAUCACGUGGAUUACCAUUGCAGGAGAGUGGGUUGUGCUUCUGGCUGAUAAGGACUCAAUUCAGAAUGUUCACAAUGGGUACUAUAUGCGGACUUCAAAGUUAGUUGAAGUUGGAGAUAUCGUGAAGAUGAGAUCCGGAGCAGAAGGUGAAGUGGUGAAAAUUGGAGUUACAAAAACCCUGUUUCUUGAUGCAAAGAGAUUGCCCUUCGUACUUCCAAAUAGAGAGCUCUAUUAUGUGAAAUCGGCGACAAGAGCUACUUAUUAUAGCCGCUCGAUCCAACCAAUGCGGAGUUGAUGCGCAAGACAAGGUUGUGGUAAUUAGUAAUUCUGCGUUACGAAAUGUCCAAAGGAUGACCAACCGAUCAAAUUAAUCCAAGUGAGACCAGUCAUGCGAAGAACAACUCGGACGACGCCACGGCUAGAGACUAGCUACGGCUGCGGCCGAGGAGAGAAAAAAAGCAGAAGAAGAGAGAGCUUCAACUGUUAUCAGUCCACGAGAGGCUAAUUAAUAUUCUAGGCUAGAAUUGGGGGAUUCAUGUUUCGUAGUAAGUAUUUGCGUGCUUUUUGUUUAUUUCCGGAUGUUUGGGUUAAAUGAAUAAAUGUUCUUAUCUGGA